AUGCCUAAAAGGUCCAAAUCUCGAAACCCAAAGAAACCGCCAUUAAAAGAAAGAUUUCUUGCCCCAUUUAUUCUCGAGUACGCACGGCGGCAAGUGAGGCGUGGAGAGAAGGCAGGAACGAGGCAGAGACGUCCCCCGGCACUACCAAGUGCUCUGCCAGCAACUGGGUCCAGCUCUACAGCGAGUGUUCCUCCUACUCAAUCUUUUACAUCACCAUAUCUCCUGGGAGGUUUUAUCACGAACACGGCUUUGGAACUGGAACAUGCCCAACUGGGAACCACAGCACAUAACAACCAGACUACGCCGCCACAUACCACCUCACAGAGCGGACUAGAGUAUCCCGGCUUCUUUAACGCCAGUCAUCGUCCGUCUACUGCGGCAACGGCAUCCUUUGGAUCUACAUCAGGAGGCGAUAGCCACGAUACAUUGACCACAUUCACUACCCGAUAUACAGGCCUCGGAGAGCCUAGCCUCGAUAACGAAGGUCUGCUAUUGGAACCAAAUCCAAUUUCCUCCUGGACGCAACUUGGUACUCCAAACGCCCCAUCUACUCAGGAAGAUCUGAACCACGGAUCGUACCAAGACUACUGGCGCUGGUUCAACCCGCUUGACAUGACACCGGCUGAGCUCGGACAACAUAUACAAGAUAUGACUGGAUAUAUCCAGCAGUCUGCUCUACCACCUACCCAAAACUUGGCCCCCGAGAAUGAGAGCUUCGGCGUCAAGGUAACAUACAGAAACAGACACCAAUCUCGCGAAGCAUUACAGUUCAACGACCUGUUACAGCUAAAUUUCAUUCCACAGGCCUUCCUCGCCAAGCUGAGAGAGGAUUCUCAGAGCCCCAUCGACGUUCUCCGUACACCCCCUGGACGUCAAAGAUGGGCUUUUACUCCUGACGGGGACAUGGUCCCCCUCGAAUUCUACCUCUGGGCAAACCUUGAAUACGAAUCGCCAUUUGUUCAUUUCCCGCCCAGCUCGGUUUGUCUAUGGGUAUAUCACGGCACAGGAGCCGCAGAUGAUACCAAGAUAACGUUAGGCCAUUCCUAUUUUACUAUGUUGGAGGAGCAAGCGCCUAGGUAA